GACUUUUAUUGUGUCUGGAUUUAUCAAACGUAUAACACCUGAUUUUACUAUAAUUGAAAUCACGGAUGUCGACUUUGUGACUACCAAUGCUAAUGUAAUUCAGAAUGCACAACCAAACCUAUCCUCAGUUGUUUCUGAACAUCCUUCAGAUAUCGAUUUGAUCGCCGAAGAUACUAAUUCUACUAUGUUACGAACGCCAAAAAGACUUCGCGGAUUGGGAUCAAAUACUUUUGACCAAGAUACCAGCACAUCUUCUAUCAUCAAUGAGUCUCCCGCACCACUUCCAAAUCCGAUGCUUUCUACCGAUAUAAACGCUAAAACGGUUCAAAUUCAGAAAGGUAAAAAAAAAUUAUCUGAUUUGGCUUUGAGAAUUCUCGAACCGAUUGAUGAUGUUCAAGAUCAGAGUAUCCGUUCUGAAGAUAUGCCUGAGGACGACGAAUUGGAAAUUUUGGAUGAACAGCUU